GGUUGAGCCGCACCGGAAGUUCUCGGCCGCGGUCACCACCCGGGUGCCCGGGUAGGGAAGGAGGCGGGGCUGCCGCUGUCGCCCGCCGGAGCGCCGCCGGGCCCAGGGCAGGAACUUGUAUGUGUUGUGUUGCCUCAGAGAACAAACCUGUUUAUCGCAAACCUCGCCUGGGUUGCUGCCCUUGAAAAUGAAGACAGUCCAGUAGAAUCCCAGCAUGGAAAUUCCAGAGAGGUCUUAUUUCAAAACUUCAUAAAGAACAAGAACCACAUGGACUUUUCCAAGGUAGAUUGACCUGGCUAAGUUGGAGAGAAGGGAUAAAAUAAUGUGUGACCAAACUGUUACUAACACCGAGGAGGUCAAAUGGCAGAAGGUGUUGUAUAAGCGACAGCCCUUCCCUGAUAACUAUGUGGACCGCCGGUUCCUGGAGGAGCUCCGGAAAAACAUUUAUGCCCGGAAGUACCAGUACUGGGCUGUGGUCUUUGAGUCCAGUGUGGUGAUACAACAGCUGUGCAGUGUCUGUGUUUUUGUGGUUAUCUGGUGGUACAUGGACGAGGGACUUUUGGCCCCUCAUUGGCUUUUAGGGACUGGCCUGGCGUCUUCAUUGAUUGGGUAUGUCCUGUUCGAUCUCAUUGACGGAGGUGAAGGGCGGCAGAAGAGUGGGCGGACCCGCUGGGCUGACCUGAAGAGUGCCCUGGUCUUCAUUACUUUCACUUACGGUUUUUCACCAGUGCUGAAAACCCUGACAGAGUCUGUCAGCACAGACACCAUCUACGCCAUGUCAGUCUUUAUGCUGUUAGGCCACCUCAUCUUCUUUGACUAUGGAGCCAAUGCUGCCAUCGUAUCCAGCACACUGUCCUUGAACAUGGCCAUUUUUGCUUCUGUCUGCCUGGCCUCACGUCUACCCCGGUCCCUGCAUGCCUUCAUCAUGGUCACGUUUGCCAUCCAGAUUUUUGCCCUAUGGCCCAUGUUACAGAAGAAACUGAAGGCGUGUACUCCCCGCAGCUACGUGGGGGUGACGCUGCUUUUUGCGUUCUCGGCCUUUGGAGGCCUGCUGUCCAUCAGCGCUGUGGGGGCCGUACUCUUUGCCCUUCUGCUGUUUUCCAUCUCGUGCCUCUGCCCUUUCUACCUCAUUCGCCUGCAGCUUUUUAAGGAAAAUAUUCAUGGACCUUGGGAUGAAGCUGAAAUCAAAGAAGACUUGUCCAGGUUCCUCAGCUAAUUGAGGCACUUGCAUGACAGUAAGGCAGGCUGAUAGACCCGCAUCCUGCCCGUGUAAAAUGUGAAGGUGGGGUUCCAUUCUGGAGGCGGGAGGCUGAUGUGGGUUAGGGAACGGAGAUGAAAAGGAAAGAAAAUUAACCAAAUGUGUGUGGUGAAGGUGCUUCUCUUCUCUGCUCUUUUGUGGAUGGAAAAGCUUUCUGUUUCCUUCUUAAAUUAUCACCUCAAACAAUUAUUAUUGUUUGCAGCAAUAAAUGAAGUGACAUGGUUUCUACUUAUUAAAAAAGUAACACAUUCAUCAA